AUGAAAAUUUUGCAGUUCCCCAUGAUAAGAGAGGAGUUCUUGGAAUGGUCAACAAAGGACGCCACACCAACGGAUCCCAGUUCUACAUCACAUUACAACCUGCACCAUAUCUGAAUACCAAAUAUGUGGCUUUUGGACAGGUGAUCGAGGGCUCAGAAGUUCUACGGGAACUGGAACUAACAGAGACAUCCAACGAGAGGCCAGUGCCACAAUGUAGAAUUAUUAACUGUAAUAUUUUCCAGCCAUGAUUACUGUAUACUGUAGAUGUUAAUUUAGUUUUAUUGUAGAGCGUAGCUCUUUUCUGAUCAUAUGACUUGUGGCAGCUAAAAAGUUGACAAAUAAAA